AAAAAAAGAAAAGAAAAAUGAACAAACGAACAAUAUCUUAAUCAGAAGGAAAAUAACAGAGAAAACAAACAAUGUUCUAAACAAUAUCAGAAGGCUUUUAGAUUCAGGGUGAUAGUAGAGUAAGAAAAAUAAACUAAUUAUGCAAAUAAUGUCUGGUACUUGCUAUUGUACAUUUUCAAAAAAAUAAUUUUAAUGAGUAUGCUGGUAUAAACAGAUCAAAUGUAUUUUGCUUCCUGCAAUAUUACUUCAGGUGUUCAGUGUGUGAAGUGUGUGUGGUUAAUCUGAAAGGUGCCUGCAAAUGAGGUCUGAGAUUGAUUGUAAUCACAGUAGUAUUUAGAAGCCAUCUAAGUCAUCUAAAUUCACAGUUAAACUCAGCUGUAAAUUGACGGAAAUUGUGAAAAUACUUAGAUGAACCAGGAAUUCAGGUAGUACUCCUUAAUGGAAAAAAAAACUAAGAUAACCAAACUGGGUUAUAUGAUACACAUUUAAAUGAAGAAAAAAAACCAUAAUUCCACCUCAAGGUGAAGACUGCCAACAUACUUAACAUGUAUCAUUAGGUAGUGUGCAUCAUUCAGUAGCCUUUGUUGUAUUGCUCAGUGAAAGGCAGUGGUAAAGGUGGUUUGGCUUUCCUUUAUCCAUCUUCUGUUUUUUAAUUUAUCUUCAGUGAAACAAAUGUCUAAUUUUGUGCUGAUUUCUAUUUAGAGCCUGUAAUGCACUUACAGUUUAUCACUAUAUAAACUUCAGUAUGUAUUAAGUAUACUUAUCCUUGCUUUUCUAGGGUCUAAUUCUGUACGACUCUUGACUUCAUUAGAUUUUAAUUACUACAUUGUGAGAGCUUCUAGAAGUGUGUGUAAUAAGUAUGUCUUAUUAAAAAAAGAAAGAUACCAACAAAAAGUAAGAUGUAAAAUUUGGAACUUAGUCAAAAUAAUCAAAUAUUUAAAGUGUAAAUUUCUGUUCAAAUUUUUGUGGCUUACUACAUUAGCAAGUACCAAACUCUGGAUUCAUGAACUGACUUGUUAUUGGUACAAAAACUUCUUUGAGAACUUCAAUCUAGUUUUAGAAGCCUGCUUUAGGAAAAUUACAUAGUCAGUGAUAGUUAUUUAUACUUUUAAUUCUUUACUAUUUGAAUAGUAAGAACUAUAAUACAGAUUCUUGGUACUGAACUACUGUGACUAGUGAUCACAAGCAGAAUUGUUUACCUCCUCAAAUGAAAUUGCUUGUGGAAAAAGGUAGGAAGCAUGUGAUUUGGAUCUUCUAAUGGUACUGCAGAACAUGGUACCAUGCAUGUCUGAAGUUGGGAUUUUUGCUGAAAAAGUGCUCAUUCAUGGAGAUAGAUGGAGGGAAGAGUGUGUAUAGUUCUAAGCGAUGCUGCCAGCUCUGCAGAUUGAGUAAAGGCAUCAGUUGGAAAAGGUGACAACAGGAUUUUGGGGUUGAAAGCUUAAUGCAGUCCAAUGCAAAAGCAAUUGCUUCUUAGUAAGCAAAAGCUUCUUAGUAGCUUACUGAAAAAUGAUAAGGAAAGAGCCUUUAGAGCGUACAUAGAAUAUAAUAGAAAGAGGUGAUAUCCAAGCACAGUGCUGUUCACAUGGGGAAAAAUGUUAAACAGCAUUAAAGACCUAAGCCUGUCUGGCCCCAGUUUCUAUAUUAGGCACUGCUGUGUGCAGGAUAAUGUACUGACACAGUAUGGUGAAGCAAAACAACACAAAGAUUAUUAUACUUCAGAUUCUUUUUUGAACUCCCAGUUACAAAUUGUCUUAACAGACAACUGAACUGUAUCCUGAAAAUGAAUGUCUGCUGCAAUCUGAGAGUUUUCUACUCAGUGAGCUGUAAUUACUGUAAUUUCUUUACUGGCAUUCUACUUACAAACUUUUUUUUUUUUAAAGAGGCUCUUAAUUAUUAAUCUUAUAAUGCUUCAAAUAUUUUUUCAUACGGAAUUUUGUUAAAACAGAUGUUCCCAAGUACAGUGAACCCAUUGCUGGCAAUGGGCAUGAAUGAUCAGCAUCAGAGUUCCUGUUCUUAGCACUUAAUUGAACUUUACAGAUACCAUGGUGGCCAUGUUUAACCUUUGUGAUCAAGGUACUGAAACAGGGAUUUCACAGUUUGUUCACUGACACUGUAACCUGCUUAAUGUAUAGAAGCACUUUGUAUUUAAACAAAACAAAACAAAAAAUCAAUAAAACAAAAAUAAAACAAGAACACCAACAAAAACCAAACAAACCAUAAAACUUUAUAAAUAUGUUUUUUAAACUUAGAAAUUAUAUUCCCUCUAUGGUUUGUUUACACACUGUUAACAGUCCUUUUUAAUACUAAAAGAUACUAUAAUGCUUGCCUGUUUACAUGAGGGUAAAGGAAAGGGGUCUUGCACUUGGUGGCCCUAUUUUUCCAUUCUCCAAGGCCUUACUGCAUACAUGGAGUCAUUUCUGCAAGUACCAUCAUCACAUUUGAAGGAAGGCAUUAGAAUCAUAGAAUGGUUUGGGUUGGAAGGAGACUUUGAAGGUCGUCUGCUUCCAACCCCCUGCCAUAGGCAUGGACACCUUCAGCUAGGCCAGGUUGCUCAGAGCCACAUCCAACCUGGCCUUGAACAUGUCCAGGAUGUUUAUUCUCAUACUCAUUUCAAGAAUGAUCUUGUAUAUUACAUUAGUUCUCAGCCCCUUUCCAAUUGUCACUUUAGUUUUGCAUAAAAAGGUUAAGGGUGCCUCUUCCCAUUUAACCAUAAAAAAGGCUGGACAGAAACACCAGUCUGAAAACUGGUCAAAAAAAAGUCAAACUCAGACCAUCCUACAGAGCUGCCAGCAAAACUGUUUCUUUUACCACCUUGGAAUGACUUUUAUAUGGAAUAUUUAAAGGUUUAACAUUACUUCUAUUUGCAGUUAGAUUACUUUGAAAUAAAGCUUUAAAAUCAAAUGUACUGCGAGAGACACUUUAAAGAUUUUAUAACAGGUUCAGUAGAUCGUAUUAUAGAACCAUGUCCUUUUUUAAUGACUUCGCAUGAAUAGUAACUUUUUAGUAUUUGCCUCUUGCUGUUUUACCCCACAUUAUGGCAUUGUCUUGAAAGUCCAAACACAUGUUGCUCCACUGAUUUUGUAGCACUCGGCUUUCUGCUGUCAAUUUACAUGAAACCAAUUGAUUGCAGGAAAAUAUUGAUCUGAUUGUCAUGAGAUCAGGUUGAGAGGAUUGAUGAUUUAAGGGCAGCUUGAGAUACAUAUCUAAAAUUCUUACUUUUGCAUGUCACAGGUGAAACAGUUGUCUUGUGGUGUUUUUCUUGAACUCAGUUUAUUGCCCUUUGUCAAACUUCUAAUCACCAUUUCAGGUACUGGGGGGGAAAGAUAAAAAGAUAAAAAAUUCCUUAAACCAUCUUCCUCAGGCUCUCAGCUUAAUUCUUCUAACACCUCCCUGCCUUAGUAGUCUCAGUUUCCUUUGCUCUCACCAAGAGUUGUAUUCAGCUCCUGCUAUUUCCCUUAGUAAGGUGACAGGUCACACAGGAGGUUGGGCUCAUAUGUACACUUGAUUGUCUAAUGCUCUUCAUUUCUUAGUGGGUGUCCUCUGGUGCUCUGGGCUGGUCAAUGUCACUAUUCAUGGAGACACUGGGCCACAGUCCUUUCAGGGAUGUGUCUGUUCCAGCUUGGUUGUUCUGUGGAACUCAGUUCUUUCAGAGGUGUUCCUGCUCUGGCAGGGCUUAGCUGUAGGCGAGAGUUCUCUCAGAAGUGAAUCUCCUCAGGCAGGGAGUGUGUCCUUCUAUGACUAUGUCCAUAGAUGUUCUCAGUGACUUCUUCAGGUGUUUUCCCAAGAGCAGCUCUUCAGUUUCUCCACAUGUACCCAGGAAUAUCUUCUCCGUGUGUCUCCCUGCACCUCUUGCUAGCAGCUGCCACUCUUCCUUAAUUAUGUUUAAGCAGAAGCAUUAUGUGCACCUCUGGUUGAGAUUUUGGCUUGCAGUGGAUUGUUCACAUCCAUUUUUUGUGCAGGCUGAACUUCUUUUGACUAGCACAGGGCAGCUCGCAACCUCUAGCCACGCGUCACCCCUGCAGUCCCUGCCACUGGUGGCCAGUUGAACACAGCAAGCCAAGAUACACAGAUGCAGCUUCUGUCAAGCUUCUGAUUUUUGCUAAUGGAGUGGUCUUGUUCAAGAAUGGUGAUCUCUGAAGUUAUGAUAGAGAAUGUACAUGCUGAUAGGAAAAUUCCAGAAUACUCACUUCAUAGUAGCAGCAACUGCAUGUCCCAAAAGCCUCUUGGUGCAUUGGAAGUAGGACGCUUCCCAGGCCGCUGCUUUAUCUGAUCAGCAUUCAAUGCCUAAUGUGUGAAGAGUGUUCUGUGUCUUAAUGGGAGAGAAAGACAUACCUCCAGAAGACAGAAUGUGGUGUCCAGUUAGACGGGAUUACUCUUUACGUCUGUAGAAAUGGACAGCAGCAGUUUCAUUCAGUUUGAUGUGCCAGAGUACAGCAACACUGUUCUGAGCCAGUUAAACGAACUCCGCUUGCAAGGGAAACUCUGUGACAUUAUCGUUCACAUCCAGGGUCAGCCGUUCCGUGCCCAUAAAGCUGUCUUAGCGGCCAGUUCUCCAUAUUUCCGUGACCAUUCAGCAUUAAGCACCAUGAGUGGCCUGUCUAUAUCAGUUAUUAAAAACCCCAAUGUUUUUGAACAGUUGCUUUCUUUUUGUUACACUGGAAGGAUGUCCUUGCAACUGAAGGAUGUUGUCAGUUUUCUGACUGCAGCUAGCUUUCUACAGAUGCAGUGCGUCAUUGACAAGUGCACACAGAUACUGGAGAGUAUCCAUUCAAAGAUUAGUGUUGGUGAUGUUGAUUCUGUCACUGUUGGUGCCGAAGAAAAUUCAGAGAAUCGCAAUGGCGUUAAAGACAGCAGCUACUUUGCCAACCCUAUUGAGAUAUCUCCUCCCUAUUGCUCUCAGGUGCGACAGUCAACAGCAGGCAGUGAUCUUCGGAUGGAAUCUACUCCAGGCAAAACUCUGCGUAGUCGUCUGCAAGAAGAAGGGCACUCAGACCGAGGGAGCAGUGGGAGUAUCUCUGAAUAUGAGAUUCAGAUUGAAGGUGAUCAUGAGCAAGGAGACCUGAUAGUAAGGGAAAGUCAGAUUGCAGAGGUGAAAGUUAAAAUGGAAAAAUCUGACAGGCCAAGCUGCUCUGAUAGCUCUUCCCUUGGUGAUGAUGGAUAUCACACUGAAAUGGUGGAUGGAGAGCAGGUGGUAGCAGUAAAUGUUGGUUCCUAUGGGUCUGUCUUACAACAUGUUUAUUCAUUUACCCAUGCCUCAUCACAGGCUACAGGUGUGUCGGAAACCUUUGGAAGCCUGAGCAAUACAAGUCCUUCAAGGUCAAUGCUGAGCUGUUUCAGGGGGGGUCGUGCACGCCAAAAGCGUGUACCUACAGGUCACUUGCAUAGUGAUGUCCAGGGCUUGGUGCAAGGGGCUGACAGUGAAUCCAUGGUGAGUAAUCCAGGAUAUGAAAAUAGUCCACGGGAAAGAAAUGCAAGAGGUCAUUGGUAUCCAUACAAUGAGAGGCUAAUUUGUAUUUACUGUGGCAAAUCUUUCAACCAGAAGGGGAGCCUUGAUCGACACAUGCGAUUGCACAUGGGAAUAACUCCUUUUGUGUGCAAGUUUUGUGGGAAGAAAUAUACCCGUAAGGACCAACUUGAGUAUCAUAUUCGUGGUCACACAGAUGACAAACCCUUUCGCUGUGAGAUCUGUGGAAAAUGUUUUCCUUUCCAGGGUACACUAAACCAGCACUUGCGAAAAAAUCACCCAGGGGUUACAGAAAUGAGAAACAGGGUUGAGUCUCCAGACAGAACAGAAACAUUCGUGGAACAGAAAGUAGAUAAUGAUGCUUCAGCUUCUGAAGCCAUGGAUUCUAGUAUGGAAAUUCAUGCAAUGUCUAACACAUCAGACUAAAAUCUUGCAUCUAAGUGAAACACAGAAAAGCACAUUACUAAUGUAUUUUUUAAGUAUUUUAUUCUUUCAGUAAUCUUCAAUUACUGUGUACAAGUGUAAUAACCUUUUAAUUUUCCUGACCUUCUGGAAAUCAGUUAGAAAUGGUUUCUGGAGAAGACUUCAGAAGUAUUUUGUUUUUUAAGGAGGAUGAAUUGUUUGGGGUUUGUUUUUGAAUAUUUGAAGAUGCUCAGAAUAUAAAGACAGUGUACUGAGGAAAGGCUAGGAAGAGUCUGCUGAAGUGUCCCUGCUGACUGAUCUGGUGAGACAGAAAUGCCAGUGGAGAAAACUAGAGUAAGAUUGGCAGCUCUGCUGAAUGCUCAAAGAAGCUGUAAUUUCCAUUUAUUUCUUAAGUCCUGUUCCCGGUAAUGAGUUAAACAGCAGUGGAAGAGAGAAUAUUACAGCUUUGAUUCCUCUCCUGUCACAGUGAAAUCGUUCACUCUUACUAACUGGUUUUGGUAGUGAGUCUGUUUAUAUAUAUAAAUUUGCUUUAUAUAUAUAAAAUGCUUUCACUUUGCCUGUUCUGGUUGAGGUGAAUGUAAAAGUAUGUCAAGGCUUAUACCAUAUGCCACUCUGUCGACUGUUAGGACUCCUCUCUGCUUAGGGUGUAGAACUUCAGACUUUGGGAGGAUGGUUUUGGUUUUAAACCUGUUGUUUGGUUUUCAUUUUAUUAAAACUAUUACUUUGUGUGCAAAAGUGAGCAAAGUGAAUUACCUUGUUUUAAUAGCUUUGCUUUAUAACAUAUGUAAACCAAAUGCCAUAAAUCUAUUAAACUAUGGUUAAAUUGUUUAAAGUUAAUAAUGUUAGUUGUCUAGAAUGCAAGCUGGACAACCUGUGGUGCUGACCUUUUUAUAUAUAUAGAGAUAGAUAUAUCUAUAUAUAUACAGAUA